CUAGACUGCCAUACAGGGAAGAAUGACAGAAGAGAUCAGUGAGAAAAGGAGUGGAUGAUGAUGACAUGUAUGGAGGAUGUACCUUUUGUCCAGCAAAGCCACCUUGGAUGCCCGUCAAAGCUGCUCUUCUGGGAGUCUGCUGUGACAUUCACCUGAUUACUAACAUCAGUCACUGCUGUGUGUAACCUAUGUGGUAACCAGGCAACGACGCACGCAAAGUGACGCAGACCAGCCAGGACUUGGACAGAGAGCAGUGAAGGAAUGUCCUGACCUUGGGACUUAUUAACACAUUUAGCUAAUAAAGUGAUAACUAGGAUUGGAUUUAAUUUUUGGGUCGACUCUAGCAGGUGUCCGUACUGCUCAAAUAAAGUUUAGUUAAGGUACCAGUCUGUUUCAGAGAGAGGGAAAGUUAAAAUGUAUGGGCGAGCUCCGAGAGUGACCUUCAUGACAACAAGCGGCUCCUCAUCCACAGUCGGCCCAGGAUCGUAUGACGUCACCCUACGCAGUCCUAAAGUAUCAGAAGGCUAUGCUCCAUUCCUGGCCUUGACAAACAGACUGCCAGUAUUCAAUCAGUCCAGUGAGCAGAUACCAGGACCUGGACAGUAUGACUUCUCACCUGUCAAGCUAAACAUCCAUGGUGGGCGCAGUCUCCAGAACCGCUCCAAGCGUUUUGAGGAGGUAGUGUCGAAGGUCCCUGGCCCCGGGGCCUACAAUGUGCUGCCUGUCUCGGGAAACACACUAAGGGCCGCAACGCCUGAAGAAGGACAGGCUGAGAAGCUUGGCAGGAAAACGUGGCUGCAGGCUAAAAGUCUCCGGCUUGUUCGUCAGUCAGAUAUCCCAUCCAUUCCUUCCCCGGGCCAGGCCUAUGGCUACGAGGAGGACGCCCUGGGUGUGCUCCUCAAGCAGCCACCCCCUCCUAAGGACGCAAGCCUAGGGCCAGCCUACUACAAUCCACUGCUGUCAGAGAAGAGUUCUGCGCAGAAGUAUAAAGGAGUCCACUUUGGCAACAUGACAGGGAAGAGAGGUGAUGUGACAUUGGAGGAGGGACCGGGCCCUGGACAAUAUUACCCUGAGAUAAACGUAGAAAUGCACUAUGAGAAUGUGAACCUUCAAAAGGAGCAGAGAGGCAGAGCUGAGCUUAUCAUCCCUCGCUACCACGAACUGGUGCCCAAACAAGAAGAAAAGAAGGGAGUUCCUGGUCCGGGCCAGUACCACAUCAGAAGUCAGUUUGAGAAGCCUGUGAAGUCCAGCGGUAACCUGCCGAAGGUCACUUGCCCCUUCCUCUCUCAGGCUGAGAGGUUUAGCCCUACGAAAGAAGUGGCGCCCCCUGUUGGUGUAUAUAAUGACCCGCGUUGUGCCCUGGAGCUGCUGAAGAAGACCACGGGAGUGAAGAAAAGCCCAUUUGGCAUCACCGCAGUGCGCUUCACUCGUGACCACAAAAAAUGCUCCACACCAGGUCCGGGGUCCUAUAAUGUGUUUGAGCAUGGUUUAGCCCGGGAGAGUUUUAAAAAGGCAUUUUUUGAGAGAACAAGGAAAGGAGGCUUUGGCUCCACAGUUCAACGCAACUCUGUCUUCUACAACAAGGAAUCGAUAGAGGCCCCGAGUCCAGGACAGUAUGAGACAGAAAAGAAGACAGAGGAACACUACAAAAAGCAGCACACGGCGGUUUUCAAAUCAGCCACAGAACGUCUGGCACUGCUGGCUAAAGAUUCCCCUUCACCCAACAGUUAUAAUGUGAGUCAGACAUUUGAGAAGGCUAAUGGCCGCUCCUACUUAGAACCUCGAAAUGAAGGAGCUAAGAGACGACAGAGCUGCUUCCUCUCUGCUGCAACGCGGGAUAAUUUCUUCCUGCAAUGUGACCCCACUGUACCGGGCCCCGGCCAGUACAACCCCAGUGUGAAAUCCUUCCCUCAAAUGGCUCUGAUGUCCUCCAGAGAAGAUCGAUUCAAAGUCUGUGUGGACACCAACCCUGGACCAGGCGCUUAUCAGUUGAGUCCAGGCAUCAUGAACACAGUACUGAAGGGCACCUUCAACGUGACGCUGAACAACCCUCUGGGUCCCUGCUGUUCACCCCGUGUGGCCCCUGGCCCUUUGACGGCCCACAACACCAUUAACACUGUCGCGCCCAACACCUUCAUCGCCACCAGCACCUCUUAGAGCUCUCUGUGGGUCAAAGAUGAGAGGGGAAAGGCAGCAGUUUUGGAGGAAGAUGACUGCUCUUUAUUCAAUGUCGCAAACUGAAAUACCUACAAUGGGCCCUGCAUCUCCAGCUGAUGGUUCACUCAUUCUUUACUCGCAGUAAUGACAACUUUCACACACUGACUCAGCUGUUUUUGUGGAUCAGUUCCCUCUGCAUAAACCAUUUUGUUAAUCAAUAACAAUUAAAAAGCUAUUAGUAUGAAUAUUGCCUGAGGUCUUUCGAAAGCAUGUUACUCCUGACGUUUCGUCCAUAGGGCGCUUUGUUUUCUUAAAGCAGCAAUCAAGAGAUCCAAUCUGACACUGAAGCUAUAGAGAUUUUACUCUGCUGCUCAUAUUGGCUAAUGUCAGGAAAGCUAGGUAUAUGGUAGUAUGGGAUCACAUGCCUUAAGCUUGAUUUGGACUCGCACAGUCUGCGUCUUAACUUCCGGAUGCCCGGAUUGUCAGAAAUCAUGUUUUAUUAAAUGACAAAAAAUGAGACAAUUAGAAAAGAAAUGCUAUUAGAAUUAGAAAAAGUUUCGUAGCUAUACAUUAUUGCUCAGCAUGCAUAAAUCAUGAAGCCAUUCAUUAUGUAUGUUUGUGCUGACUACCAGAGGAAACAGGUGUGAAAGUCAUAUAGAAGACUCAUAACUUAUGUUCCAGUUUUGUUGUACACUAAUAGGCUUUGCUCAUUAAUCAAAUAAGCCUCACCUUUAGUUUCACACGCAUGCACCCUCACAUGAUGCACAACAUGCAGGAACACAUAAAACAAACGAAGCAACUACACGUGAAAGUACAUUCGAGAGCCAGAGGCAUUAUUUGCCGCUUUAGACUUGGUUUUAACUGAGCGUGCAGAGGAGAGAUCUGAUGUGUGACCACAGCAUGAAAUAUUAAGUAUACUACGCUCUGACGCACCUGUUAGAGGAGAGAGGCUUGAGAGUCAAGAAGACGAGUGUGAGAAAAAACUAUGCUUGAACAGUUCGACAUUUUGGGAAACACACUUAUUCGCUUUCUUGCCGAUAGUUAGAAGAGAAGAUCUAUACAACAUAUCUCAUAUGGCCUUUAAAUAUGAAGCUGCACUUUGUAGUUUUUAUACUUAAAGGAACAGUGUGCAACAUUCAGGGGCAUCUACUGGCAGAAAUGGAAUA